UGGGGUGAGAAAGAAAGUGAGCAGCAGUGAAGCCUUCGUAUUCAUUGGACCAGUACAGUAAGUAACUAGCUACUGUAAUUUGAUAGCUUGCGCCUUCUGGAGUGAACUGAAGACGUGUGGAUUGAAUUUGCCCAGUCGCUGUAGUUUAAGGUUACCUGUCCCUAGGCGUGACACUUGGACCCAGAGGGACACAGACAGACACCCCGGUCUGCAGUUGGUGUAGCAGAGAGAGAACAUGGCUUUGUCGUUUAAGAAAGACCUGGAGAAGUACAAGGAGAUUGACGAGGAUGAGCUCCUUAACAACCUGUCAGAGCAGGAACUCAAACAACUGGAGACUGCUCUGGAGGAGAUGGACCCUGAGAAUGCAUUGCUGCCAGCGUCGAUGCGUCAGAAGGACCACACAGUGAAAGCAGCCACCGGCCCCUACAGCAGAGAGAAACUACUCAGUUUUCUGGAGAAGGAGGCCCUGGAGUACAAAGACAGAGAUGAUGUAGUGUCUUUCUCUGGAGAGAGGAAAGGCAAGGCAUUUGUUCCAAAGCAGCGGCCCAUCGAGUCUCGUCAGGAAGAUGUAACGACCCUUGACCCGGAACUAGAAGAGGCCCUGUCCAGUGCUACCGACACUGAGCUCUGUGACCUGGCAGCGAUCCUAGGUGUCCAUACCCUGGUGACCAGCACCCAGAGCUACGAUGGAACCAGCAGUAAAGACGGAGGAUACAACAACGUGGUGAAGGGGGAGAAGAUGACCCCAGUGUUUGAUGAGCCUCCUAACCCCACCAACGUAGACGACACUCUGCAGAGGAUAAAAAACAACGACGCUGCGCUGACGGAGGUUAACCUCAACAACAUCAAGAACAUUCCCAUUCCCACGCUGAAGGAGUUUGCCAAGGCCAUGGAGAGGAACACACACGUCAAGAAGUUCAGCCUGGCCGCCACACGGAGCAACGACCCCAUCGCUGUGGCGAUGAGUGAGAUGCUGAAGGAGAACAAGUGGUUGCGGAGUCUCAACCUGGAGUCUAACUUCAUCACCAGCGCUGGUGCUGCCGCCCUGGUGGACGCUCUCCGAGACAACGACACACUGACGGAGAUCAAGAUAGACAACCAGAGGCAGCAGCUGGGGACUUCAGUAGAGAUGGAGAUGGCUAAGAUGCUGGAGGACAACAACAGCAUAGUGAAGUUUGGCUACCACUUCUGUCAGCAAGGCCCACGGGCUAGAGCUGCUGCUGCUAUCACCAAGAACAAUGACCUGAUCCGCAAGAGGCGAGUGGAGGGGGACCAGUAAGGGGCGGAGCCUGUCCUGUCUCCCAGCCUGUCCCGUCGUCUCAUCUCGCCGUAUGGAAUACAUUUUUCAGCCAAUCCCCUGGUCUCAUCUCACCGUGGCGUGCGUGUGGACGUUGUGCCAAAACCCGGAGCAAGGCGCCCUCAACCAGACAGGGACUGAGUCCCAAAUGGCACCCGUGUUCCCUACGUAGUGUACUACUUUUGACCAGAGCCCUAGGGGCUGUGAUCGUGUACUAUAGAGAAUAGGGUUCCAUUUGAGACUCAGCUAACAUCAUCUAUCUGAGAAGAAGAUAAAUAACUGGAAUAACCCUCUCCUCUAGUACCUACAUAUCUAUACAUACAUGUUGUUAUUAUUAUUGUUUAUUAUACUAUUGUUAGAACUACAGCUGUACAUCUUAUUGUUGAGUUUUUUUCAGUUCAUUUCAGGCGCUUUCUAUUUUUCUUUUCUCUGAAUGAUUUAUUUUCUGUUUUUUUUUACUGUGUUUAGAGCAACAUGAACAGUACUGUAACCUAACCAAGUAACCAUGGGUUUAAACAUACUAUCCUAACCUCUGACCUCUAACCCCUACAGUGGUGUAGGGCCCUGACCUCCAACCCCUACAGUUGUACGGGACAGGCCUCCCUAGCUAGACUGCUGUAUCUCUUGGUUCUGAUCUGUAGAUCGGUGCUUCCUAGACAGGGGGAAGAGAGAGUCAGGACCCACUGGUCACCUCUAGCAGACUGGUUCACCUGGUAGGCCUGUCUGUUUAGCCUCCUGGGGUGGAUGUGGUGGGUUGUCCUGGUAGGGCUGUCUGUUAACCUCCUGGGGUGGAUGUGGUGGGUUGUCCUGGUAGGACUGUCUGUUAACCUCCUGGGGUUGAUGUGGUGGGUUGUCCUGGUAGGACUGUCUGUUAACCUCCUGGGGUGGAUGUGGUGGGUUGUCCUGGUAGGGCUGUCUGUUAACCUCCUGGGGUGGAUGUGGUGGGUUGUCCUGGUAGGGUUGUCUGUUAACCUCCUGGGGUGGAUGUGGUGGGUUGUCCUGGUAGGGCUGUCUGUUAACCUCCUGGGGUGGAUGUGGUGGGUUGUCCUGGUAGGGUUGUCUGUUAACCUCCUGGGGUGGAUGUGGUGGGUUGUCCUGGUAGGGCUGUCUGUUAACCUCCUGGGGUGGAUGUGGUGGGUUGUCCUGGUAGGGCUGUCUGUUAACCUCCUGGGGUGGAUGUGGUGGGUUGUCCUGGUAGGGCUGUCUGUUAACCUCCUGGGGUUGAUGUGGUGGGUUGUCCUGGUAGGGCUGUCUGUUAACCUCCUGGGGUUGAUGUGGUGGGUUGUCCUGGUAGGACUGUCUGUUAACCUCCUGGGGUGGAUGUGGUGGGUUGUCCUGGUAGGGCUGUCUGUUAACCUCCUGGGGUGGAUGUGGUGGGUUGUCCUGGUAGGGCUGUCUGUUAACCUCCUGGGGUUGAUGUGGUGGGUUGUCCUGGUAGGGCUGUCUGUUAACCUCCUGGGGUGGAUGUGGUGGGUUGUCCUGGUAGGACUGUCUGUUAACCUCCUGGGGUGGAUGUGGUGGGUUGUCCUGGUAGGGCUGUCUGUUAACCUCCUGGGGUUGAUGUGGUGGGUUGGUGCAGCUGUAGUGAACUCUGAGGAGUGUAUGAGAACAGCUGCCUCUCUGGAAAAGUCUCAAGCCCUGAAGAACGUUUAUAGAUGUCUUAAUACUGUCGUAAAGAAUUUAAAGUCUUAAAGAAUUAAACAAGUCUUACAAUUAAUAAUACAGUGGUUCUCUUUCAAUCUCAACAGUUUUUUUUUUUUUCGAUUCAGACUCGGAUGUAAUGGGUUUAUUUUUUUUCCCUCUUUGUCACUGGGAAACGUAUGUGGAUGUUAUUUAACCAAGUAAAUAUGAGGUUUUUAAUCCACGGUGAUGAAGCGUUGACCUGAUCUUCUGCUGUCCUCUGUUAUUGGUCUGGCGUGAACGUCAGCUCAACCAAUGGGCUUCUCCGAUACUGAACCAUGCCAAAGACUAAUAUGCAGCGCUUACAUACGUACUGGACUUGUGAGGAGAUACAACUCCAUGUCACUAUAUUCUCUUUAGAUUACACAUAUCAUGUCAGAGAGUAGGCCAGAUUAGACAGAAAACAACAUAUGGGUUCAUUACACUUAUUUUUUAAAUUUGAUGUGCACAGUGUCGUGUACAAUGUCGUCAUCGUUUGAUGUGCACUGUGUUCCUUCUCUCUGCUGGGCUGUUGUUGCUAACGGUGAUGGAACAAGCAAAGAUGGCCGUCAGUGGAGCAGUGUCUGUGUGAAGGAAUGCCAUGACAAUGAGAGAGACGCAGGAGAGAGCUCCACACCACACAGUGGUCUGGAACAGGCUCCUAGCCCUGGCAUGCUACUCAUUAUGGAUGAAAGCAUGCUGUGUUAAACUCAGCUGGAUUCUCCUGAGAACACUAGCCUACCGUAAAACAGACAAAAUACAGCCUGAUGUUGACACUCACCAUUUAUAGAGAAUUACAAACUGGGUGGUUCAAGCCCUGAAUGCUGAUUGGCUGACA